AUGAUGCUCUCCUGGUUGCUCACCGAGGUCGUCCCGUACUCGUUCUACGCCUGUGCGCUCGUCGCCCUCCGCUACACUCUCUUCUACGUCCUCUACCCGACCGGCGCGUCCUCGGAGGCGCGGCGCUCCCGCCGCGCUUCACCGCCGCGGACCUGCACGCCCUCGGCUGCUGUGCGCUCUUCCUCAUCUGGUGACCGGGAACCACAAUGCCCGACGGCGACUGCGCGUACGAGACCACCUACCCCGACGUCCUCCAAAAAUCCGCGAUGCUCUGGCGGCGGACCAGUGGGGCGCCUCCCGUUCGAGCUCGACCUCCCGCCCGCGUUCGCGUUCGUGUGCGGCGUCGCCCGCAACACCCUCGGCUCCUUCGCAGUACUCUUUUAUUUACUUGCCCCCUUCUCGCCCCUCGACUCGUUCUACGACGCCCCUCCUUUUACGGCCGCGUGGACCUGCACGCCCGACUCUUCCGGGACCUCACCUCGGCGCAUUUCCUGCACUUCCAACGCCAACACGCCCAGCAGGACAUCGACGAGGCCAUCCUCCACACCGAGUCCGCACUCGAGCGCGUGCCCGCCGAAGACGCCCUCCAACCCCCCGCUCACCCUACAGCUCGUGCAGGUGCUGCUCGCCCGCCGUGCGCUCAAGCCGUCUCCUGGCUACCCCGCGUGCGCGCUAGAUCAGCUACGCGCCGCCGCCACCUCUGCCAUCGCCACGCCGGCAGUCCGCUUGCGCGCCGCGACGGCGUGGGCGCGCGCGGUAUCGGUGCUCGGUGCCGCGGCCAUCCUCGCCUUACUUCUCAACUACGUAUUCACUGAAUAUCGCGCGGUGACCCCGAGCGUGACCGUCCUCGGAGAAAUGCCCGAACACUAG